CUCAAAUCCAUCUAACAUUUUUCAUUUCUCAAAGUUUCUUUAUUAAUUACUUGACUUGGAUAAUAUUUCAUGGAUCAUGUCAACAUUUCCGUAGCUAAUAAUGAGGAAAAAGGAGCUAAUGUGGAUUUUGACUAUUCUCAAAGGGCACAAUGGCUCCGAGCUGCUGUGUUGGGAGCAAACGAUGGUUUGGUCUCAGUCGCAUCGCUAAUGAUGGGUGUGGGAGCAGUAAAGCAAGACGUGAAAGCAAUGUUCUUGAUAGGGUUCGCAGGGCUCGUGGCCGGGGCUUGUAGCAUGGCAAUCGGAGAAUUUGUCUCCGUGUACUCUCAGUUGGAUAUUGAGGUUGCUCAAAUGAAGAGAGAUCACAUCACGAAUCAUGAUCAAGAAUUGGCCGAGAAGGAGAAUUUGCCGAGCCCAUUUCAAGCGGCAUUGGCUUCUGCCCUAGCAUUCUCUCUAGGGGCGAUAGUUCCACUCUUGGCGGCAAUGUUCAUAGAUAGCUAUAAAGUGCGGUUGGCAGUGAUUUUAGCGGCUGUGAGCAUAGCCCUUGUGGUGUUUGGGGCGGUUGGGGCAGUGUUAGGAGGAUCAUCGCGAGUCAAGUCGUGUGUUAGGGUGCUUGUUGGAGGUUGGCUAGCCAUGGCCAUUACAUUUGGGUUAACUAAGUUGAUUGGCUCUAGUGGACUACAAAUGUGAUGAUUAAUUUUACUUUCAUUUCCUAUUAUAUAUAUAUAUGUAUGCUAUGUAAUAAAUGUCAAAUGUAUGUGACAAAUUUGAAAUUUCUCUUAAUUAAUAUAUAAGAUCUGUGGACCAAACAAAA